UUGUAACUUACGUUUAUGUUUACAGCUAAUCUUAUCGGUGGAGAUUUCGCUCCACCAAAAAGACCUAACUUUGGAACAGUGGGAAAAACGAUCGCUCUCAGGACAAAUUUUUUUCAACUUCGCCUUCCCAAAGGAGACAUACAUCAUUACGAUCUUAGUAUAUCUCCCGAUAAGUGUCCAAGGCGCGUGAACCGAAAUGUUGUCGAGACGAUGGUAAACACAUAUCACAAAGUUUUUGGAGGACAAAGGCCUGUUUUCGAUGGAAGAAAAAACCUCUAUAGCAGUAAAGCUUUGCCGAUCGGACGAAAACCAAUUGAUUUUGAAGUAACACUUCCAACUGAGAACAGUAAAGACAAGGUAUUUAAGGUGACUGUUAAAUGGGUCGCACAAGUCAGCUUAUUUGCACUGGAACAAGCAUUAGAAGGAAAACACAAUCAAAUCCCUUUUGAGACCAUCCAGGCUCUUGAUGUGGUGUUGAGACAUUUGCCAUCCAUGAAGUAUAUACCUGUUGGAAGAUCUUUCUUCUCGCAGCCAGAAGGCUAUUACCAUCCCCUAGAGAGUGGGCGUGAAGUUUGGUUUGGCUUUCAUCAGAGUGUCCGACCAUCGCAGUGGAAGAUGAUGCUGAACAUUGAUGUUUCAGCCACAGCAUUCUAUAAAUGCCAGCCAGUUGUAGAGUUCAUGUGUGAAGUCCUUCGCAGACAAGAACAGGAUCUUCAAAAGACGAAACCAUUGUCUGAUGCAGAAAGACUGAAAUUCACCCGAGAGAUAAAAGGUAUGGAGCCACUUAUUGCAUGCAUAUGA